AUGGUGUUUAGUAGCUUCCUGUCCAAGAUUCCCAGCGUUGUUACAGGUUCUGACAUUGUUCAGUGGAUGAUGAAGAACCUCAUCAUAGAUGAUCCUGCGGAGGCCAUACACAUCGGCAGCCUGAUCGCCGCCCAAGGCUACAUAUUCCCCAUCUCUGAUCAUGUUCUUACCCUCAAGGAUGAUGGGACAUUAUACCGCUUUCAGGCUCCAUACUUUUGGCCCUCUAAUUGCUGGGAGCCAGAGAACACAGACUACGCAAUCUAUCUGUGCAAGCGGACCAUGCAGAACAAGACCCGGCUGGAGCUGGCGGACUAUGAGGCGGAGAAUCUAGCGAGACUACAGAGGGCUUUUGCCAGGAAGUGGGAGUUCAUCUUCAUGCAGGCUGAGGCACAGGUCAAGAUCGACAGGAAAAAAGACAAAACGGAGAGAAAGAUUCUGGAUAGUCAAGAGAGAGCCUUCUGGGAUGUUCACCGUCCCGUGCCUGGGUGUGUCAACACCACAGAGAUGGACAUCAGGAAGUGUCGUCGCCUGAAGAAUCCUCAAAGGGUGAAAAAGUCAGUGUAUGGGGUAGUGGAUGACACACAGACUCAGAGUCCUGUACACACACCCUCCCAGCAGAGCAGCAAGGACACCAGAGAGGACGUAGAGAAAGAUAUUCUGUUCUUGAACACUCAGUUGGAUCGACACUGUAUGAAAAUGUCCAAAGUCGCUGAGACAUUGAUGAGCUACACAGAGCAGUAUCUUGACUAUGACCCCUUUGUGACAGUACCAGAGCCAGCUAACCCCUGGAUCAGUGAUGAUGUCACAUUCUGGGAGCUAGAGGCCAGUAAGGACCCGAGUCAACAGCGAGUAAAGAAGUGGGGCUUCUCGUUGGACGAGGCUUUAAAGGACCCAGUGGGCCGUGAGCAGUUUCUUAAAUUCCUGGAGUUCGAAUUCAGCUCCGAGAACCUGCUGUUCUGGUUGGCUGUGCAGGAUCUAAAGUGCCGCCCCCUGCAGGAUGUGGCGGCUCGCGCUCCGGAGAUCUGGCAGAAUCUAAAAGACCCGGGCCGCUACAGCUUUGAAGAUGCCCAGGACCACAUCUACAAGCUGAUGAAGAGUGACAGCUACCCUCGUUUCCUGCGCUCCAAUGCUUACCAGGACCUCCUGCUGGCCAGAAAGAAGCCUGAGACUGAGCAAGGCCGCCGCACAUCCCUGGAGAAAUUCACUCGCAGUGUGGGCAAGUCUCUGACAAGUAAACGACUGACAGGCCUCAUGCAGUCCUCCUGACAAGUCCUGCUGUUUGCAGUUUGUUGAGGUAGAAGAAUUGUGGCCAUGACGGGCCACAUGUAUGGACCACCCUCUCUCCAAAACCCACCAGAACACCGCACAGCUACCGACUCUAGAUGGCAGCAUGCAAUAAGU